CAUGGAUUAAGCGGCCACAACCUCCUCUGCCCUGUCAGAGCAGUGGUCCGUCAAAUUAUUCAUCUUCGCUCACACCAAGCAACACCAGGGACUAUUCUUGCCACCUACUUUCACAACAAUCGCACUUACAAAGUACAAGCUAAAGAUAUCACAGCGGUCCUUCGCGAAUCUGCUCGAGUACUCGGUCCUCAGUACAACUUCUCUGAACAAGACGUCAGUGCACGCUCCCUCCGCGCUGGCGGAGCCAUGGCACUCUUCAAUUCACAUGUCAACAGCAACACCAUUCGCCUCAUCGGACGCUGGCAAAGCGACGCCAUGCUCCGAUAUCUCCACCUCCAAGCCCAACCAGUCAUGCAAGGCUUUGCCAGUCGCAUGCUGCAGGGUGGUGACUAUGUCUUUGUUCCCAAUGAAGUUGCUCUCGCCCCGAUGUACUAA